CUAUAGUUCCAGUCGCGCGUCUACCACACUUCACUUCACGUUUAAUAAAUGACACUCCAAACGUCAAGGACCAUCAACACAAGAGCGUCUAGUGUCGGCGCACGCAGCUGAGAGCCCAUCCCGUCAGAUCUGGUAGCGACUUCAAAAUAGACCUACGUAUCUCGAACUAUCCUUUCUCUCCAGUCUCACUGGGUGUCAACUGCCACUGAUCUUACACCUGUAUUCCUCAGCAUCAGUUCGUGUGCCGAAAUGAACUCGCAACAGCCAAACCAGCCCCCUCAGGGGCAACAGCCCGGCUUACGGCUUCUCCGCCCUGAAAAUAUGAGAACAAUACAGUAUCUGAACCCACAAGAGAGACAACGAUACGAGGAAGGUCUUCAAACACUCUGGGCUAGGAUCGAGCAGAACCCUCCAGAGUCGGCUGAGUACCAACAAGCCAAGCAGAAGAUUUCAGAGUUCUCCCGAAUGGUCAUGAACAAGAUCAAGGCUCUUCACAGCCGCGGUCAAGCCAAUGCGCAAGGCCAGGCCAAUAUGGUGGGGUCCCAACAGACCAGUCAGCAGGCUCAAGCUCAAGCUCAAGUCCAAGCCCAGGUUCAAGCUCAAGCUCAAGCGCAGGCGCAGGCUCAAACUCAAGCACAACAAACUCAAGUUCCGGUUCCAGUUCCCACAGUCGGGGUUACUCAGAGGCCAGCGGUUCCCCCAAAUCGUCCUCAACCCACCCCGAAUCCCGCAGCUGCCACAGCAAAUUUGGCAUCCAACAAUGUCCCCAUUACGAAUCCCGGGCAAGUGCCGAAGCAUAUCAUGGAUCACUGUAACAAGCUUCCAUGGUCACACUUCCCUAUACCACCCCAGAUCCCACCCGAGCAAGGUCAGAAAUUUCUGACUGACACUAAGACCAAGUACGUGAAAUUCCUGUGGCACAUGGACGUUACCAGAAAUAGAGUUGCCAAGGUUGAAGCCGCUAUCAAGGAUCGACAUGAGAAAGGGAUCCCUAUAGCUCCCGAAGAAUUGAAACGGCUCCAAGAACAAAUGGCUCAAGAUAAGAAAAUACACGCCGAGGCCGACGCGUAUGUGAAGAAUAUCAGAAACCAGUUCACCGGAGCCCAACUAGCUGGGCAGGCCAACAACACUCAGGCACAAAGCACUGCUCAACCAGGACGGCCUCAACCGAUGCAACCAGGAAGUUCUACUGGAGUAACAUCAACACAUCCAAUGCAAGUUCCGACGGCUUCAAUCAAUGCGGCCAUGGACGCAGCGAGAACAACUCAGAUUGCCGCAGCAAACAGAGAUCGAUUCGGUUCAGCGGCAGGAGCACAGCAACCACAGCAACCACAGCAAGGACAGUCCCAAGCACCACCAUCCACCCAACCGCAAGUCCAAACCCCAAUAACCCCCUCUACAGCUGUGCCCGGGCAACCAUCGCACGCUGCACCGGUGCCACCCCCAACACAGGUCAAAGUCGAGCCUGGUACCAAUGUACAACACCCACCACCCGUCAAUACGGCUCUUGCUACUGCUUCUGCUUCACAUAUACAAUCUGCGGGCACUCCAACACAAACACCAACUCGAGUCCAAACACCUCAAUCUGCUCAACAAGCUGCCGGUGCAAACGUUCGGCCACUCACCCACGCAGCUGCAGUGAACCGAGCGAACUCCUCAACCAACGUUACUGGGCAGCCAAGCAGUGCUUCAGGUACCAUGACAAACACCCCCAAUAUGACUGGAAUGGCGUCGCAACCAGGCCAUAGCCAUGCGCAUCCGCAGCCGACGCCCACCUUGGCGGCUAAGAUGCCCAUUCCCAAAACAUUGCCUGAGAAAGCAAUAGCACCACCACAACCUGUCACCCUCGGUGGAGGAAACACCCCGGGUCGACCUACCUACGGUGGAGGCAACGGUGCUGGCGGGGUCAUUAACCAGCCUGUCAUCGCGAAAAUGCCCAUCCCUCAAUUCGAUGCUGAAGGCGACCAUGUUUUAUCCAAGAAAAAGCUUGAUGAGCUUGUCCGCCAAGUCUGUGGUGGCGGUUCCCCCGGAGCCGAUGGAAAGUAUCUCACACCUGAUGUUGAAGAGGCCGUUCUUAGCGUAGCCGACACCUUUGUAGAUGACGUGUUACACAUGGCCUGCCGACUGGCCAAGGAGCGUGGCAGCAAGGUUUUGGAGAUUCGUGACAUUCAGUUAGUCCUUGAGCGCGUGUACAAUAUCCGCAUCCCGGGUUACACUUCCGACGAGCUCCGCACCGUUCGCAAGGUGCAACCAUCUCCCAAUUGGAUCGCCAAGAUGAGCGCUAUUCAGGCAGCCAAGGUCACAUCUGGAAAGGACGACAAGUAGGACCAGGCUCUUCCAACCGGUGUGAACGAUAGCAAGAGAAAGCGACAUCGAUCAUCAGUUUCUAAUUCUAAAGCACAACGCGGUACGGACAAUGCUGUAUCUGCCAUUGCCUCUGAUCCCAGCGGUCGUGCACAUUAAACUCUUGGAUCCACUAGGAAAUCGCAGGCACGAUAAGUUGCGAAAAACUAGAGAGAUGCCGUCACGGACAGCAACCUAAUCAUCAGCAAACUCAGCUAGGAUGAGAAGAGGAUUGCAAUAAGACGUGGUUUGUUUCUAUUUCUCGUUUUUCUCCGUCCGCAUCAUCAGGACGGACUUCAGAGAGGUCGGCGUUUGGCAUGUACAGAAGUGAGAUCAUGGUCUGGGACAUAAGGACAACUCGCAUUGAUGGACAGGUUUCGGUGUUAAGGCGUCUUGAUUUGAUGAUACCAAUCCGUAGCUAGACAGGCAGUAAUGAAACCCGAUCUUACUAGUACC